AUGUCCAACUUCCAGAAUACCACAUCCUCUUCCAUCAUUUUCCUGCUAACUGGUGUUCCUGGAUUGGAAGUCUUUCAAACUUGGAUCUCCAUUCCCUUCUGCUUUCUCUAUAUAACUGCUCUCUCAGGAAACAGCCUGAUUCUCUUUGCCAUUGUCGCUCAGCCCAGCCUCCAUGAACCCAUGUAUUAUUUCCUCUCCAUGUUGUCCACCACAGACCUUGGGCUGUCCAUAUCCACUCUGGUCACCAUGUUGGGUAUAUUCUGGUUCAAUGCUAGGGAGAUCAGCUUUAAUGCCUGCUUGUCACAGAUGUUCUUUAUUAAACUCUUCACUGUCAUGGAAUCCUCUGUGUUGUUGGCCAUGGCUUUUGAUCGUUUUGUGGCCAUCUUUAAUCCCCUCAGGUAUGCCACCAUUUUAACUGACUCCAGAAUGGUUCAAAUUGGAGUGGCAAUUGUUAUCAGGGGGACAAUAACGCUGACUCCAAUGGUAGCACUUCUUAAAAGACUGUCCUUCUGCCGCAGCCACAUACUCCACCACUCCUACUGCUUCCACCCUGAUGUGAUGAAGCUCUCAUGCACAGACACCAGGAUCAACAGUGCAGUUGGGUUGACUGCCAUGAUCUCUACUGUUGGUGUGGACUCAAUCCUCAUCCUCUUUUCUUAUAUUUUGAUCACUAAGACUGUCCUCAGUAUUGCGUCUCCAGAAGAGAGGAAGAAAGCCUUCAGCACAUGUAUCUCCCAUAUUGGGGCUGUUGCUAUUUUCUAUAUUCCAUUGAUCAGUCUGUCCUUUGUUCACAGAUUCGGGAAACAGGCCCCAGCUUAUGCACAUACUAUGAUUGCUAACACCUACCUGCUGGUCCCUCCUGUAAUGAACCCCAUCAUCUACAGUGUGAAGAUAAAACAGAUACGUAGAGCUAUGAUAAAAAUUCUCCAUUCCAAAAACACAUAGAAUCAUAGAAUUCUAGAGGUGGUCUAUGUCAGGUCACGUUAUCAAUUAAAAAACAAAACUGGUGCUUGA